GAGACCCAGGUGGCUUCUCUGAGAACCAGAGCACUAAGUGGCCUGGCAGCAUGAGACAGAGCUGGGCACCAGAUCUGCUUAUUGUGGGAGCUAUGGUCCUGAUAGAGGGUCUUCAAGCAGCUCAGCGUGCCUGUGGGCAGCGUGGCCCUGGCCCCCCGGAGCCUCAGGAAGGCAACACGUUACCUGGCGAAUGGCCCUGGCAGGCCAGUGUGAGACGACAGGGAGUACAUAUCUGCAGUGGCUCUUUGGUGGCAGAGACCUGGGUCCUCACAGCCGCUCACUGCUUUGAAAAGGUGGCCACAACAGAACUGAGCUCCUGGUCCGUGCUCCUGGGUUCUCUCAAGCAGGAGGGGCUGAGCCUGGGGGCCGAAGAGGUGGGAGUCGCUGCCGUGCAGUUGCCCAAGGCCUAUAACCACUAUACCCAGGGCUCAGACCUGGCCCUGCUCCAGCUGACCCGUCCCGCAGCUCACGCAACCCUCUGCUUGCCCCAGCCCACUCAUCACUUCCCAUUCGGAGCUUCUUGUUGGGCCACUGGCUGGGACCAGAACACCAGCAAUGUUUCCAGGACCCUACGGAACCUGCGCCUUCAACUCAUCAGCCGCCCCACCUGUAACUGUCUCUACAAUCGGUUGCACCAGCGGCUGCUGGCCAAUCCAGCAAGACGUGGGAUGCUCUGUGGGGGUGCACAGCCUGGGGUACAGGGACCCUGCCAGGGAGAUUCUGGGGGACCUGUGAUGUGCCGUGAGCCUGAUGGACACUGGGUCCAGGCUGGGAUCGUUAGCUUCACAUCAAAAUGUGCCCAAGAGGACACUCCUGUGCUGCUGACCGACACGGCUGCUCACAGUUCGUGGCUGCAGGCCCACGCGCAGGGGGCUGCGUUCUUGGUGCAGGACCCAGGAACUGUGGAGAGCAGUGAUGAGAACAGCUGUGUUGCAUGCGGCUCCUUGAGGAGUGGAGGGCCGCAGGCAGGAGCCCUCGCUACAUGGCCCUGGGAUGCCAGACUGAAGCACCGCGGGAAGCUGGCUUGUGGUGGCGCCCUGGUAUCAGAGGAGGUGGUGCUGACUGCUGCUCACUGCUUUAUCGGGCGCCAAACUCUAGAGGAAUGGACUGUGGGACUCGGGGCUGGCCCAGAGGAAUGGGGGCUGAAGCAACUCACCCUGCAUGGGGCCUAUACCCAUCCGGAGGGUGGCUAUGAUGUGGCCCUCUUGCUGCUGACUCAGCCUGUGACACUGGGCCCUGGCCUGAGGCCCCUUUGCUUGCCCUAUGCUGACCACCACCUGCCCGACGGUGAACGUGGCUGGGUUCUUGGGCUGACCCCAAGAGCAGGCAUCAGCUACCCCCAGACAGUACCUGUGACAGUCCUGGGGCCAGUGGCCUGUGGCAGACAACAUGCAGCUCCUGGGAGCACGGCUAUUUCCAUUCUGCCAGGGAUGGUUUGCACCACCGCUGUGGGUGAGCCGCCUCACUGUGAGGGCCUAUCUGGAGCACCACUUGUACACGAGGUCAGGGGCACAUGGUUCCUGGCUGGACUGCACAGCUUUGGAGACAGCUGCCAGGGCCCCGAAAGGCCUGCAGUUUUUGCAGCGCUCUCUGCCUACGAGGACUGGGUCAGCAAUCUAGACUGGCAGGUCUACUUUGCUGAGGAGCCAGAGCCGGAGGCUGAGACUGGAAGCUGCCAGGUCAACUCGAGCCAGCUGGCCAGCUGUUGACUGGUGACUCUCUAGUUUACUCACAGGACGCCAGAAAAGCCAGGCAACUCCCACAUCAACACCCAGUUCUACGCUCCUGACCUUCCCCUCCCUGGCUUGUAGUUCCCAGGCCUGAGGCAGG